AUGGACCUUGGUAGGCUGCUCCUGCUGGUACUCAGCAGUGCCGUCUGCCACAGCACCGAUUCAACGUACUAUGGUGGGACUAUGCGCUGUACAGUGCCGGGAUACAUUCCCCCGGACUCGAAAUGGACAGGGGAGGUACAAUUCCACUAUCGUGAGAAUGGCCGGGACAGGUGUGAACAGCAGUUCUCCUGGGAGUGCACCAGCGGCUCCUGUAAUGGCAGUGCAAACCGACAAGGACCUGUCGUGCAAACCAACAAGGACCAGUCAGGCCAAAACCUCUGGUGCCAGUCGGAGGGACUCUUCACUAGGAACUUCACUAGGGACCAGAAAACCCAAUCCUACACUCUGAGUGACUCGGGUUGCUGUUGGGGCUCCAAUGUCAAUGGAAAGACCAACUGGACAAUGCACACCGAGGUGGAUUUGGGGUUACGGGUUAGCCCGGGGCCGCCAACCCAAAACACACCUCCUGUCACGGCAACUGUCCCAACCCUACGAGUUCCUCAGAACUGCUUUUCCAGUCUUCCUCUCUUGGCCUAUGACCCGGAUGGAGAUGACGUGAGGUGCCACUUCCCUGUGAACGUCACACACCGCAACAUUACACUUGACAGGGUCCAGUGUACUCUGCAUGCCACAGGCCUGUUGGUUGUAGGGGUGCAUGUAUUUGAGAUCCUGCUGCAGGACCACCCCGCUGUCGAUGUCAACAUGACGGGAUAUAAAUCAAAUUAUACCAGGAAGGCCCUGAACGAGUCCUCUGUCAAUAACCCAACUCCGACCCCGUUCAGCCGCGUGCCCUUGCAGUUUGCUGUGGAGAUCCAGCCAACUCUGCCCAACUGUCUCCCUGGCUACAUACGACCACAGUUCUUGACUCCGACACCUUCACAUGGGGAUGUCCAUCAUGCUGCUGUGGGUCACCUGUACCAGCUCGAUGCCCGAGUAAAAACCGCCCAUGCCAAGAUAUUUGACUUCCAGGUCAGCGGCCCUCCCAACAUGACCAAGAAGAUCCAGGAUGAGGGCUUUGGUGUCACGAGGCUCUUCCUGGGCUGGACCCCGCAGGAAAGCCACCUGAAACAAAACAUUCCCAUCUGUUUCACUGCCGAGACAAAUGAGAGCCAAUCAGAGAUGAGAUGUGUGGUUGUGGCGGUGGCCAAAGGCCUCGCACUUACAGGUGAGGCGAAUGUUUCGUGCACAGCGAAUAGAAUCACCAUCGUCGUGAGCAAGGCCUAUCUGCCUGAGGUGGACAUGAAGUGGCUGCGGCUAGCAGACUCCUCCUGCUCCCUGAACUCCAACCAAACACACAUCAUGGGUACCAUGUCACUCAACUCCUGUGGCACAAAGAUGGAGGAUGCAGGUGACUUCAUGGUGUUCAAAAACGAAAUCAACUCCUUCGACGCGGUCAACGCAACCAUCACGCGACGUAACCGGAUCAACAUCGUCUUCUCCUGCCGGUACCCCAAGACUGUCAGCUUUUCCAACUACUACCAGAUCCACAGCUCCAACUACAUGUUCACCCAGUCCAACUUUGGUAGCUUCGGCUACACAUUUGAGGUCUUCAGGGACAGUAAGUUCAGCCAGAAGGUGGAUCCCAGUGCUUACCCAGUGAAGGUGAAGCUGAUGGACAAGCUCUACAUGGGCAUCCAGGCCCAGUCUGAUCUGCCCAAGGUACAGCUGUUGGUGGAGUCUUGCAAAGCCACCCCUGAUGACAGCGCCAGCAGCAGUGUCUUCUACGACCUCAUCAAAGACGGGUGUCUAAAGGAUGAGACUGUCAAAGUUUAUCCCGGUAACCUAACCCAAUUCUACUUUGAGGUCCAGGCCUUCAAAUUCACUGGGAGCUACGAUCAGCCUCACCGCGAGGACCUCCGCCUCAUGUUUGGCCGAGCCCGACUGCGCUUUUUGAAGAAGUUUGUUCUGCGUCCGCUUCGGGCAUGA